AUGAGUCAAGUGGCCUCCACUCCCUUAGCAAAGAACAACGACCAUCCGGAAAGUGGCCUGACACCACCAGAAGAGAUCGAACUCAUUGCCUCCUUUGCAGAUUUACCAGCGGUGGAACAAAAAGAAAUUAUUAAUAGACUCGAAUCGCUUAAAACCCAACUUAUCAGGAAGCUCAGCACCAGAAUACCUAUGUACAGCGAGUAUGACAUCCUAGAAGAACCAGUUCAUAUGGAUAUCGCAAUAUCUAAUGUUAAAUGUAUGUCGGUAAUGGAGGAUAAGAUACAACCCCAAGAUGCAACUACCAGUCCUUCCCUCCAACCAGAACAACCCUCCGUGCUCUUAAUAGAUUUAUAUGACCGUCCCUUGACAAACAUACCUGAAGAAAGCAGCACACAACAGGAAAAAUCCCCUUCUACACAUUCAUCGAUGCCAGACCUGGAACCUUCUUAUAGCACUGACCAAUCAAGAGAUGAGGUGCCUUUGCCAACCUUCUCAAAUAGCCCACUCGCCCAGCCUUAUUCUUCUUUGCGGAGUAUUAUGGAUUUAACAGCAAGACCUGCGACGGAACUGACUGAAGAUCCAACAGGCCACAUAAAUCAAGUAGCCCAAAAGACCAGUAGCAGACUACAGGAGACCAACCGGCUGACGAGAUAG